UGUUUCUAAUAAAGGUGUAGUGAUCAAGUAAUGAGAGAAGCUGUAUUUAUUCACUUCACCACUCCACAGAGCCGAACAGACUAGUGAGUUAGUUCCAUCUGCUCUUCAAAAAGUCGUAUUCGAAACCCACCAAAGAAGAAGAAAAUGGUUGUCGUCUCCGGCGCUGACGAAGUUCCAACUCUUAGUUAUGACCGAAUAAAAGAGCUGAGGGAAUUCGAUGAAACUAAAGCAGGCGUGAAGGGUCUUGUCGAUGCCGGGGUGGUUAAGCUUCCUUGUAUCUUCUUCCAACCACCCGAAGCCCUCCAUGGCCUUCCCUCUCAUCUGGGCUCCCUUGAUCAGCGCCCCCGGCAAACCAAUCUGACGAUUCCGGUCAUAGACCUGCAGGAGGUCAUCACCGUCGAUGAAGACCCAACAUCAACUCGAAGUCGAAGGAAGGAAGUAGUAGAGAAAAUCAAGGAAGCAUCUAAGACAUGGGGUUUCUUCUUGGUGGUGAAUCAUGGGAUCCCUCAGAGUGUAUUGGAGGAAACACUGGAAGGGGUUCGAAGGUUCUAUGAGCAAGACACGGAGAUCAAGAAACAAUGGUACAGUCGCGAUAUCUUCAACAACAAGGUCGUCUACAACAGCAACUUUGAUCUCUUCACCACCCCUGCUGCCAAUUGGAGAGAUAGCAUGUAUUGCCAAAUGGGUCCUCAACCUCUAGACCCUCAAGAACUGCCUCUCGUUUGCAGAGAUAUAUUGAUGGAAUACUCAAUACAAGUAAAGAGGUUGGGGAUUAGUUUGUUUGAGUUGCUGUCGGAGGCUCUGGGGCUAAGCCACAAACACUUAAUAGACAUGGGUUGUGCAGAAGGUCAUUCACUUCUCACUCACUACUAUCCUGCAUGCCCUCAGCCUGAACUGACUCUUGGCAUUACUAAGCACUCCGACGUUGGUUUCCUCACUAUCCUUCUUCAAGAUCAAAUGGGUGGACUCCAAAUUCUUCAUCAGGACCAAUGGGUUGAUGUUUCUCCCAUCCCUGGAUCUCUCAUCAUCAACAUUGGUGAUCUUCUGCAGAUCAUAUCUAAUGAUAGAUUUAAGAGCAUCGAACAUCGAGUUCUGUCUCACAACAUAGGCCCAAGACUCUCAGUGGCAUGUUUCUUCACCACAGGUGUUCAAUCAGACACAAGGGUUUAUGGGCCAAUCAAGGAGUUGUGUUCAGAAGACAACCCACCCGUCUAUGGGGAAACCACCGCUAAAGGGUAUACUAUAUACGCCCAAGAUAAGGGACUUGAUGGCAUCCCUGCUUUGCCACAUUUCAAGCUGUGUGAAAUGUGAUUACUUUCUCAUUUCUUUCACCAAAGAUGACCACUAUGGGUCUCAUCCCUUACUUUAUUUUAAAUUGUUAUAAAUAAUAUUGGAUGGAGUUUACCUGAGGCCACGGUCAAUGGAAUUCGGAUGGUGCAUCACAAUCACAGACAAUGGGGUGACAAGGGGUCACAUCUGAACCAGUUCAUCGUUCAGCCACCGAUGUAGUAAAACUUUGUCCAAUCAUAUAGCGCAUUAUAUAAUCAUGUAUGCUCUAUAUUAUAUAAGUAGUGAUUAGUGUAAUUGUAUGCGUAUUUAUUGAUGAAUGAUGUUUACCAAAAA